UCCACUGCGCUUGCGCAAGGCGACUGUCCCCCGGAAGUAAAUCCAGGCACGUGUGCUUCGCUUGACAACCUUGAAAAACUACAAAACAACGAACUACAGCAGCUUAUGUCAGCAGCGUAAACCGCCUCUGCGAUGCCACUGACAAAAGUAUUGCACCCUCUCUACCAGCUGGGUAACCCCCAGCUGAGGAUCUUCAGACCCAACUGGUUCCUGACGUUAGUGAGGCCGGGGAAGGAGCAGCCUCCCGACACCGUUCAGUUUCGUGUCCCGAUGGAAAUGACCAAGUAUGACGUAAAGAACUACUUGGAGAAGAUUUACAACGUCCCCGUGGGAGCAGUGCGCACCAGGAUACAGUAUGGCAGCAACAAGAAGAGGAAUCACCUGAACCAGAGGGUUAAGAAGCCGGACUAUAAAGUAGCCUACAUUCAGCUGGCUCAGGACCAGACGUUCACCUUCCCCAACAUCUUCCCGGAGAAGGAGCGUAAGUUGGAGGAAGGCUCCGUGGAGGAGAUGGAGAAGAAGUUCAUGGAUGAUGAGAAGCAACGGCACAGGCUCGACCCCAGGAGAGGAGGGGUCACCGAGUGGUUUGGACUCUGAGACGCAGCCGCUGACCGCAAAUGUUAGGCGUGAAUGUGUGUGUGUGUGUGUGUGUGUGUGUUUCACUGGGAAAAUGCAACUGUUGUGAUGUCACUUCUAUUUCUGUAAAAAAAAAAAAGUGUGUGUAGUAAAGGAGAAGAAGGAGAAUGUGUGUGGGACACUGCUGACAUGUGUUUGGUGCACUGUGAAGCUUCAAUCCAGUAACCAGAGCCAGAACAGAAUCAGAGGAGGAGGAGGAGGAGGAGGAGGAGGAGAGUGGCCCGGCUCCAUUUUUGAUGAAACCAACCCACCGUACAGAAUCUUCAUCACCUCAGAUGACCUCUCCUCCUUCCUCCUUCCCCCCCCUCCCCCCAUUCUUCUGUCCCACCUCCCUGUCCUUUAACUCCUCCCCUUUGGCACCGGCACCGUUGCACCUCCUCUUUCUUUUGUCUCUCCUUUUUUCCUCAGGAGUUUUCCUUUUGUCCCUGCACUCCUUGCGCCUCUCCUCCGACGCGUUGCUUCUGCCACACCAGGGAGUGGUAUAGUGUGGUAUCCCUAGUAGCCCUGACUCUCAGCCAGUUGGAUCCAGCUACCUGGACAGCCCACAUCCUUCCCUCUUUUAUGAGUUUGCCUUGGAUUAAUUGACCACUUUGGGUAAACAACAAUUGAGAUGUUGUUUCAGCAAAGCAAGUACAUGGAAUUUGCAAGAGUGUUAUAUUACAGUAUUUUGCGGUAGCACCUCUCGCCAUAACUCUGAGAGAAGGAUUGUUCCCAGUGUUUUUGUCUGUGUGUGUUUGCCUAGCGCGUAGGCCUUGCCAGUGAAUCUGUGUAAUUGUAAGUGCUGUUGGAAUAACUACUAAUAAAUGGUCACUUGUCCAAAAGUA